ACGAUGGGUCAGAGACUCAGUGAGGAGACGGACGAUAAGGAGAUUGAUGUUGCAGAACUGCAGGAGUGGUAUAAAAAGUUUGUGGUGGAAUGCCCAAGCGGUACCCUUUUCAAGCACGAGUUCAAGAGCUUCUUCGGCGUAACCGACAACCAGGAAGCUGCAGACUAUAUUGAGAACAUGUUCCGUGCUUUUGAUAAAAAUGGGGACAACACUAUUGAUUUUCUGGAAUAUGUUGCAGCCUUGAACUUGGUACUGCGAGGCAAGCUGGAGCAUAAGCUGAAAUGGACUUUUAAAAUGUAUGAUAAGGAUGGCAGUGGGUGUAUUGACAAAACAGAGCUAAAGGAGAUUGUGGAGUCAAUCUACCGAAUGAAGAAGGCCUGCCAUGGAGAGCUGGAUGAAGAGUGUAACCUACUCACCCCAGACCAAGUGGUGGACCGAAUAUUUGAGCUGGUGGACGAGAAUGGAGAUGGGGAGCUGUCACUGGAUGAGUUCAUUGAUGGCGCACGGCGUGACAAGUGGGUCAUGAAGAUGCUGCAGAUGGAUGUGAACCCAGGAGAGUGGAUCAAUGAGCAGCGGCGGAGGAGCGCCAAUUUCUAGAGCAGUUAAUCCAGAAUCCAAAUGCCUCCUCAGCCAAGAUUUCACACAGUCUGUUCAUGCUUUACAA